AUGCCAGAACAUCAGAUAUUCAAGCCUCAACGCACCCGAAUCCUGGAACGCGAGGUGCAGAAGGGAGAGCAUGAGAAAGUUCAGGGAGGUUACGGGAAAUACCAGGGAACCUGGAUCCCGAUCGAACGAGGCCUCGACCUUGCGAAAACAUACAACUGCGAACAUAACAUUCGCCCAAUCGUUGAAUUCCAGCCAGAGGCAAAGAGUCCGCCCCUAGCACCCAAGCAUCUCCCCAACUCGCGCAGAGGAGAUGCCGGAGGCUCAACAAUCAGCACCCGCUCGUCUCGAAGACGGGAGCAGGGAGUGGAGGGAUCGGAACUUGAAACGUUGUCCGUGCGGGCCUCCGAGGACGGCACUAUGACACCCUCUCCUUCCCGUUCCAGUACUUCGCGCACACCCUCGCCACUGGGCAGUCCCGGGCCGUCCGCACUUCAUUCCAAUGGCGGCGCUGACGACGAAUUCCAAUCACCGCGUCCUGAUAACCCGCGCAAGCGCAAGCAUCGUGCGCAGAACGACGACUUCGAUGAAGAGAUGCAGGAGAACGGGGAGCAUGACCCGUCCGUCUACGGCGACCAGAUCCUUGAAUACUUCAUCUCGGACACAAAUCAGAUCCCUGAGAUCCUUGUCAGCCCUCCGGAAGACUUCGACCCAGACAUGGCGAUCGACGACGAUGGCCACACCGCCCUACACUGGGCAGCAGCCAUGGGCCGCAUCCGAAUCGUGAAGCUGCUCAUUAGUGAACGGAGCUGGUCAACGGCGCUCAUGCGCAGCGUUAUGUUCGCAAAUAAUUACGACGUACGCAAAUUCCCGGAGCUAUACGAACUCCUACAUCGCUCCACACUCAACAUUGACAACUCCAACCGGACAAUAUUCCAUCACAUUGUCGAUCUCGCGAUGACGAAGGGCAAGGCGCACGCAGCGCGAUACUACAUGGAGGCCGUGCUCUCGCGCUUAAGCGGGUAUCCCAAGGAGCUUACGGACAUCAUCAACUUCCAAGACGAGGAGGGCGAGACCGCACUGACGAUGGCCGCGCGGUGUCGAAGUAAACGGCUAGUCAAGACACUUAUCGACCAUCACGCGGACCCGAAGGUCGCGAAUCGCGACGGAAAGAACGCCGAGGACUAUAUCCUGAGGACGAGAACGUCAUUCUCCCAGGCGGCGGCCGCCAUACUACUCCUCGGACUCGGACACCACGAUCGCGCACCGCUACACCAUUCUACAACGGGGCAGAAGGCGGCUACGCGGUGUGUGAACGAUGUGGCGAUGAUGCUCGAAAGCCUGGCAGCAGCAUUUGACACGGAGCUCCGGGAGAAGGAGCGCGGAGAUCCUCGAGAGCCAACGCGCCGUGAGCCACUUGAAAGUGCAAUCGCAAGCGCUCCCCAGGCGAAGCAACAGCUGACGGCGCUGGAAGAGGAGCUGCAUAACAAGAUGGGGAAGCGGUACCGGCUCGGACGAGGAGGAGCGCGAGAUGGCAUUCGGGGCGUGCAUGGCGGGGGACUGCCUGCGGACGAGGACGUCGCAGACUUGCUCGCGCUGCAUGCGGGCGUGCCUACGGACCCGGAGGUAGUCCGUGCAGAGUGUGAGCGGCUACGAGGAGAGCUCGCGAUACACAAGAGGAGGAGGAAAGACAAGUUUGAGGAGCUGGUAAAAUUCCAGGCGGAGGCGGGCACGAGUGGGCAUAUGCGGACGGGCUGCGGGGGCGUCCCGCCAGCAGAGGUGGAUAAUGUACUGGGCAUGCUUCUGGAGACGCUUGAAGCAGAAGAGCCAAGCUCCUCGUCAGCAGCGUGGAGUGGCUCUGGGCGACCACCCGCACCCAGCUAG